GAUAUAUUAACAUAUGCCAUCAAAGUUUGGAAUAAUGCAUGUUAAACCCAAUAUGUGUAAUAGAUGGAAUGUGAACCUUGUACAGCGCUCAUUGAAAUAAGCAUGGUGAUCUUUCAACGCUCUCUGAAAAUAAGAAUUGUGUUGAUAAAAAUGUUGACAAGGCCCCUACAGGAAAGCACCGGCUGCGCAAAGUUCGAUGACUUUUUACUGAAUCGGUAUUAAUAACUAUUUAGUGACGGCAUUGGCUGCAGGAUUUUCCUUGCGGACCGGCAGUGUGUCACUGUGUGCUAAUGACAUCCCUUGUUCUUCACUUCAUCAUUAAGAUGAAGCUUCAUCAGAUGCAGCUAAUUCAUGCAGUAGUUGUCUGCCUCAUGGUGGUAUGCAUAUAUACAACGAACAUACUGCUGCAAGCUGCCGUCAAUAAUUUGUUCCAUGACACUGGGUAUUUUGCUCUGAAAACUGAAAAGGGUGGAAGUGCCGCUAACCAAAAUAGUCAUCAGGAAGAGGUUUACAUGAUGGUGAGAAAUAACCUGAAGCGUGAGCCCCCUGACAACGAAACAGAGCAAAGUGAACAACUGAAACACAGCAUACACGGAGUGGAGUAUUUCGUGGAGGAGUACGGAGAGGAGGACAGUAAAGAAACAAAUCCACCGUUUGUGGAGUACAGUCCAGGAAAUGGUCCAGGUGAAUGGGGAAUCGCUUUCAAUUACAAGCACACAGCAUCAGAGGAACUUCAAUAUAUGGACGGAAUAAAGAGAAAUGGAUUUAAUCAGCUUGUGAGCGAUCGGAUCUCUGUACACCGACGUCUGCUGGAUAACAGACUUGAAGAAUGCAAGUCACGUGAGUAUCCAGCCGACCUACCUCCAGCUAGUGUCAUCAUCUGUUUCCAUAACGAGGCUUGGUCCACUCUCCUCAGAUCCGUCCACAGCGUCCUUGACCGCUCCCCGGAACAUCUCAUAAGGGAGAUAAUUCUUGUUGACGAUGCCUCCACUCAAGACUAUCUGAAAACACCUUUAAGAAACUACAUGUCCAAACUGGAGAAGGUGAAGAUUCUGAGACACAGGAAGCACCAGGGUCUAAUCAGAGCGAGGCUGACCGGAUACGAAGUGGCUGUUGGUCCAACACUGGUGUUCCUAGACUCCCAUAUCGAGUGUUUCCCAGGCUGGUUGGAACCACUACUAAACCGUAUCCGGGAGAACCCAAGGAACGUUCCCUUUCCAAACAUUGACGUAAUCAGUUCUAAGAGCUUUGGUACAGGCAAGUCUGGAAAGACAGAACAGUUUGGAGUGUUCAGGUGGAAGAUGCUGCAGUUCAACUGGGGGAACCUCAGCAACGAGAGGAAGAGCAAGCUGAAGUCACCUGCUGACCCCAUCAGAUCUCCCACAAUGCCCGGUGGGUUGUUUGCUAUAGACAAGCAGUGGUUCACAACACUUGGAACGUAUGAUCCGGGACUCUUGUACUGGGGCGGUGAGAACAUGGAACUGUCUUUCAAAGUAUGGAUGUGCAACGGAACCCUUGAGAUACUCCCGUGUUCCCACGUGGGUCACGUGUUCCGCAUGAGAAAUCCCGUGAGAUGGGAAGGACCCGGAAAGCCUGUUGUGACCAACUCUAUGAGGGUAGCGGAAGUAUGGCUCGACGAGUACAAGUACUUGUUCUAUGAACAGACUUCCUUGAUGCGGGGCAGCAGGUUUGGUGACGUGACAGACCGGAAGAAACUGCGGGACAGUCUUCAAUGCCAUGACUUCCGCUGGUAUAUAGAAAAUAUUUACCCCGAAUGUCGCAUCUUGACAGUUCUCAAUUCCGGAGAGGUUCGAAGCUAUUCCAGUCCGACCAUGUGCCUGAGUGCUGCCAGCAACAGAACCCCCAGCCUCUGCUCAUGUGAGAGCCCUGUUAGAACCAAGUACUGGAGGCUGCUGCCGUCGGGGGUUUUACAAGAUUCCAAUCUACAGAUACUGUGUGUGAUGGAAGGGCAGCUGAUUCAUCACGAGUGUUACACGAGCAAACUGCACAUAUGGACAUACACGGAGGAUAGCAACCUGUACCUGAAGACGUUUGACAAAUGUUUAACAGUUGGGGACAACUCGUCGGUCCACAUGGCGACGUGCGAUGGACGUAUCAAUCAAAAAUGGAUGUUUGAAAAAUCAAAAUUUCAUGAUAAUGUAUGAUAUGAGUAAUGCUGGGGAUUGCAAGUUCCCGUCGGCCACUGUAGCCGCGUUUCGCCGAAACGUCAUGAAACGGGGAAAAAACCGGAUGGGCGUGAGACAACGUAGGGGGACUGGAUGAGCAAACGUGACAGUCCAUGAUUGCCAUGGAUGCCGUGCCAGAAUUUUAAACUGUUCAAACAUUUUUCACGGCAGUCACGGUUCUAAAAGGAAACCUAGUAGGCCGUAAUAAAACGGGGAGAACGCAACAAAACGUGACAGCACGUAGGCCGUAACAAAACUAGUAGACGGUCCGUAGUGGCUCCGUAGUGGGACGGGAGGCAUAUGUAUUCCCCGGCAUCUCACGGUCCUUUCAAGUUUUGUCACGUUCGGCCACAUUGUCUUGCGUUUUGUCACGGUUGUUUCACCCUUGCUGCCCGUUUUGACCCGGUUCUCACGGCAAGCUUGAUUGUAUGGUAGCCGAUUCGUCCCGUUCUAUCACGACGCAUCCAGGCGUGUGACGGUUUACAGGGCCGGCGAGAUACGGCACGUUGCGUUCUCUGGCAUUCCCUCUCUUCAGCUGAUGCUGGCCUUCUUGCUGACGCAAGGAUUCGAUGUAUGCCCCCAGCAAACAUACAAACACAAAAUCUUCUUCAUUUUGGGGGUUCAUGCUGCUCUUGUCUUUGGGGAUACUAUGGCUGCUAUUGCUUGGGAGACGUUAUUUUUCAUACCGUGUGCACAAACGUGCUCCAAACCUGGCCGGCGUCCCUGUUUCAUCCGUGGAAAGUCUUGACAGAACGCACAAAACGUGUCAAAACGUGAGGCCGGGAGGAAACGUAAUGGCAUCCGUAGUGGACUGCAGGACGAACCGUAGUGCGUCUUUGAGCUUCCAGGACUCAGCAGCCAGCUGAUCAAAACGGCCCAUUACGGAUUCCGUGAUUGACCAUGAGUGAACUUGGACCGAACACAACUUGACUUUGGUGGAAAACAAUUGCCUAAUUCCCACGGCACAGAACGUUUCGGGGAAACGGGGCUGAUGUGGCCGCCGGGACCAUAGUGAAACCUUAGCAUAACCAUGUGUAACCAAAAUGUCAUCUAGAAUGUGUAUGUUUUUAUGCACUACUGAUGUAACAUAUGCGACAAUCACUUUCUGUUACUAUUUGAUGAUGUCUUAAAACAUGCCUUGGCCAACCAAUGUGGACGGUGUCCUGAACAGUUCGAAUGAACUACAGUGGUUGAUGUGAUAGCUUGUCUUUAUGUGAACGAAUGUCAAAAUAUAUUUGUACUACGAUAUGGAUAUAAUGUUAAUAAAUUGUAAAUUAUGUAAAUC